UAUAGCUAUAGGUAAAGUUAUCACAUUUUGCUUUUGGGCACUAUAAUAAUUAUUGCCUCAAAAAUGGUGAACUUGUUGGUGAUCAAGUAUUUUCUGUUAGCAGUGAUGAUUAACUCUCAGAUAGGAGAGGCCUCUCUAGUGUACAACACAAGUGUGGCGUGUCCUGGAGAGGCAGUUCUCUUCACAUGCUCCAUGCCUGGUACCUCAUUGAGAUGGGCGGUGAAUCCUCCAACAGCAUCUAGCUUGCUGUCAGUAGUACAAACUGAUGCAUUCUUUCCCUCACAAGUUGGUCGAAGGACCACAGUUGGUUCCGAUGUGCUCAUGUUUGAGGCUGUUCUUGUGAGCAGUGAUGGUGGAACUCUAACGUCCACUCUCAUCAACCUCAGUGAAGUGUCUGUACUGGAUGAUAUCAAUGUCACCUGUACUGUUACUGUUAGUGGUGGUGCUAUGCCAAUAGAGUCACAACAGACAGUCACAGUUGCUAGUAAGAUUAUUUCCAAUUAUUCUGUUGAGACUAAUUGAACUUGCAGUUGCUCCAACAUCUCCACUCAACCCAAUACUCUCUGUCACUCAAAACCAAAUUCACUUUUCGAAUAUCACUCUGGACUGGGACCCUCCCUCCUCUACUGGUGGUGUGUCUAUCAGCUAUGUCCUCAUCAUCUCCCCAACACCCCUCUCUGGGUCACCAGUCACCAUGGAGACCACCUCGGCACAGAUAACUGUCUCCUACAACACUCCCUACAAUGUGACCAUCAGAGCUGUCAACUGUGUUGGAUCGAGCAGUGAUGUGAUGCCAAUGAUUCCUGCUAUUGUUACAUGCCCCUCUAACCCAACACCUGCCAACCGAGUGACCAUCAAUGGUGCUCCUCCACUGCCUGCACUAGUAGGAUCAACUCUUAGUUUCACUUGCAAUGGACAGACGCUACUAGCAACCUGUGAGAGUAAUGGACGAUGGUCACAUGACCCCACCACAUAUGACUGUCCCUCAGUGCACUGCUCUCUUCCUCCUGAGCUGUGCAAUGGUGGUAUAGUGGACUAUGAUAGGUUGAACGAGACAGUGUUGAAGGGAACAGUGCUGACUUACCAGUGUGACAAUGAAUUCUCAUUGACUGGACCCAACAACAUCAUGUGUACUAAUGCUGGACUCUGGAGCAUUGAGCCUGAGGCAAUCAAGUGUGUACUUAGGACUGAAGGUAUUUAUUCCAUAAUGAAUAAUUAUCACUAUCUGUUUUACAGGUUCUACAGUCGCCAUCCAUCUACUGGUGAAGCUAUCGCUAUAAGUUUUGUCAUAACUUUCCUUGUUGCUACCAUUCUUGGAUUCCUCACUGGACUCCUAGUGAUGCACUUGUGCUCUCAUAAGAAGGCAGUAUACUCUCCAGCAACUAAAGAACAAGCUAAUAUAGGACCCACUUUACUAGCUGGCCCUGUUUAUGAGGAGGUGUCACCCAAAGAGGAGAUUGAACUGAAUACUAACCAGGCAUACGGACCAUUUGCACUAUAAUUAUGUAUAUUAUACGUUCCAACCAGUUGGAGUAAAUGUUUUAUCUUGUAUACCAUUUUGUAAGGCAAUAAUUUAGUUAUGUGCCAAAAUUGAAAUUAAUUUUGUAAA